CCAAGAUCGCGUCGCGACUGAACCACCAGCUUGAUCGCCAAAGCUCAAGUGAUUGCACGUCAACAAUCAGGCUUGCCUAAUCCCACACCCCUGUUCCCAACCCGAAAGGAAAAAGGCAUUGCACCAGCCGAUUACUCGUACUUCGCAAUGUACGAGCCUCACCUCGACCAUCAGGCGCAUAUUCCGUCGGGGGACGGCGAAGGUGUCUCCCUUCUCGAUGAGCUCGACAAGUUAGCUCCUAUCAAGCGCUUCGAUGCUUUCCCAAAGGUGCAAUCUACCUACACCAGCAAAUCUCAACGGGGCGGCCUGCUCACAGCAGUCGUGGGAUUCAUCAUCUUCCUGCUCGUCUUGAACGACCUCGGAGAGUAUCUCUAUGGUGCACCGAACCACAUCUUCAGCGUAGACCAAGGGAUCGAGAGGGAUCUUCAGUUGAACAUUGACAUUACCGUCGCCAUGCCUUGUCACUACCUUACGAUUGACCUCCGGGACGCUGUUGGAGACCGCCUGCAUCUGAACAAUGAUUUCGCUAAGGAGGGGACUCACUUCAACCCCGGGCGAGCUGUGUCAAUGAAGAUCGGAUCAUCGACCAAAGUGGCAUCCGUUUCUGAAUUGAUCUCAUCCGCCAAGCGCAGGACCCCAAACCAGAAGUCGUCGCUCUCCGGCCUCCGCGCUCUCUUCACAUCUCGAGACUCGGAACGCCGUCACGCUGCCUAUCGUGCGACCCACGACAAGGUGGAGAAUGGUCCCGCCUGUCGCAUUUAUGGCAGUGUUGAGGUGAAGAAGGUCACCGCCAACCUGCACAUCACUUCCUUGGGCCACGGCUAUGUCAGCUACGAGCACACGGACCAUGCUUUGAUGAACCUUUCUCAUGUCAUUCACGAGUUCUCGUUUGGCCCGUUCUUCCCUGCCAUCUCGCAGCCUCUUGAUCUGAGUCUGGAGACAACCGACAAUGCCUUCACCGCCUUCCAGUACUUCUUGCGUGUUGUUCCAACCACCUAUAUCUCCUCUAGUCGUCGCAAGCUUUAUGCGGUGACGGAGAACACCCGUACGUUUGAUCACGGCCGGGGAGUUCCCGGUAUCUUCUUCAAGUACGACAUUGAGCCAAUGUCCAUCACGGUCGAAGAGCGCACCACCUCGCUGUACCAGUUCCUAAUUCGGCUCGCAGGUGUUGUUGGCGGAGUUUGGACCGUGGCUUCGUUCGGCCUUCGUGUUGCCAACCGCGCUCAGCGCGAGGUCAUCAAGGCCACGGGCAAGGAGAAGGAGGUUAUUCCGUCGGCGUUUUCUGCGGGCCGGGGAUCAGAGAGCGCAGGCUUCAUGGGAGGUGACUCUGGCGGCAACAACUGGCUUUCGAACAGGAAUAGCGACUCGUAUGGCGAUUGGAAGAGGAGAUAACGCAUCAGCCUAACGCUGGCACCAGCCCCCAAGCAUUAGAUUCAAUACCAUGUGCAUGUGCAUGAAGCUCUCGGCAG